AUGCUGUCCGCUCUCCACCGAACAGUUACCACCUCUUUGACACGUUCCAUCCGAUCCCGUUUAUCCAUCCAAUCCCGUACUCCCGCUAUCUGCGAUCUGGAGUUUGGUAAACUUCCCUCUAAAGCAACGGAGUCAUGUCUUCCCGUCAUUUCUCUAUCCUAUGAAUUCCCCGCCGUCUCAAUUGCAUCUUCGGAUGCUCCCUCCGUCAAAUGGUUGCUUGAAACAUCCACAGAUCCCAACGUAUUCAUUGCAGCUUGUCAUCUGGUCCCCGACGUCGAAUGGCCAUUCGAUUUUGAUGUUUCCGGGAUAAUUUCCCUUUUGCAUCGUUCACUUGGAAGUUGCUUCGAUACCAAGGAUCGACUGUUGGCGCCAGCGAAAGAACGGGCUUUAGCUUGUGCAACAGCUCUCGUACACCUCAGCGGCAGGGAAUACCUUCGAUUAGAUGGGGAAUAUUAUUCCGCUGCACAAUGCCCUUCUCAACCUAGAUAUCUUCACUUUUGGCACCUCCUCAGCUGGGAAUCGUGGGAUGCUGAUUAUGCGUUGAAGAUUAACCUCGGGCAGAAGUGGAUAGCCGAUUACUCCUAUCGUUUUUUCCGAGAUACACCAACGUUCUCUUCGGCGUCUGAUGCUACCUUGCUGUGGCUCUCUCAAGUCCUUCCAUACGUUUUCCUGCUCCAUACAGACAUCGACGAGCUCGCGCAGAUGGAGGAUUUAGCAUUGAGCAUCAUUUCGAUUCUCCUUGAAGCCAAAGUACCGAACAAAGCCCCGUCAGCUCAGGUGCUUGCUAAUUGUACACUUCUCGCUGGCGUCUUGCUCGGACUAAAUGUAGACAAAACGGUGCUCGUGAAGGUUGACAAAAGCGCUGCUAUCGAUGUGCUUGUUGCUAAGCUCCUCGCUUGUCUACAAAGCUGCGUCGAUGGAGCACAUCCGCAGCACUACGCUUCUAGAGCCAAGAAAUGUCUCCCGCAUGCCCUUCGCAUCGUUGAGCUGACACACGCGGUUCCGCUUGACGGCUCGUUUUUCCGAGCGGGUCUUGCUUGCUGCAAAGAAAUCUUCCUCGAAUACUCGGCGGUAUCCGACAGCAAGACUGAGGGCUCGGAAGACAUGCAGAGACGUCUGUUCGAAGCAGGAGCUGCGCUGCACACGGCAAUCUGUAUCCCUCAAGGCCCUCCGGGAAACGUCUACCAGCCAGAUGACUCCUUCCUUUACUGGUAUGGGGAGUUUAGCUGGGCACAUGACGCUCGUUCAUCACACGAGUUCGACUGGCUCAUCGAUUACAUCUGCGAACUGCGAGAGCUCGAGGGUUAUGAGGUGGAGGAUACCCUUGCAGAUGCCCUCCUGGCACUUAGCGCUAUGAAGAGUCUCGGAAGUCGGGCGAAAGAGGCAGCUUAUCUGGAGAUCCUCUUAUCAUCCAUGGGACCAGAACAACCUGCUCGGUUACGCUAUACUGCUUUGCGAGCUACAUAUGAAGCUCGACAAACACUGCUAGCUGCCAUAGAUGAUACAGAUGGCGAUGCCAACUUACGGGAGAAGGUACUUGAACUUUCCCCGGCUAUCCUCAUCGCUGUCACCCCUAGUGAAGAUGCUAGUGUGGAAGGUAGUCGCGAUGUCAUGUUCGACGAAGGACGUGAUGGAUGUUACCUGAAGCUUGUAUUUGCCCUCAUGAAGAAUGCUGCAUGGCGCAGUCGCCUUUCCCAAGACGAUCAUAUGAACAGGUGCAUCAGCCUUCUCACCGAAGCCGCGGACAGCAACCCCCAUGCAUUCUACCUUGCUGGUAUUUUUCUACGGAUCACGGGUGUUUCAAGGUCCUUGGAACUUCCACUCAAUAAUAUGUUCUCAAGGGAGCAACUGCCGUCACUCGUCCCUUGUGCAUGGGAUGCCUUCCCUAGCGUAUAUCUCUCAGGCAACGACGACUGUGUGGAAAUCUUGCCUGCGCUCGCGGAGUUGACGCUUGAACAUCUCCCACUGGACAGGUUUGCCCUCGAAACGCUUGACGAGCGGAUAAACUGGGUGCUGGAUGACCUGAGAAAGUACUCAGAGCCUCAGAACAUCAUUUCCGCGGUGGAAACACUAUUAGGGGUGGUCAGAACCAGGUUAAACGCACCACUUGUCAGUAUAUGA